AUGUACGCGACCAUAGCCAACCCUGUGGGCGGCAUCGGAGAUGUGGUGUCCAGGUGGAAAGCACAAAACAUCGCGGUAGCCAUAUACCACACCUCCUUUGUCUCCGUCAUUCUGGGUGUGCAGUGCAUGGAUCCCUCAACAGCCCCCGGCUCCUACAAAGGGAUGGGAGUGUUUGUCUGCUCUGGAAUGCAACUAACAGCCCCCGUCCUCAUACAGGGAUUGCCCGAGAGUCACACGUAUGCAGUUGCAAACAAGGUCGCCUGGGUAGCCGCCAUUAUUAAGAAACGCUUGCCCGAGUCUGACUGGGAGACACUCUUCAUCAACGUCGCAUUUGGCCUGUGGUGCAAUGAUCCUACCGUAACCUCUGUGCGAGUCUCGGAUGUGAUACCCUCCUUAGACCAGCCCACGUGUUUCUUGUAUAAGGGAGCGGGUGGUAAAGAACUCUGGGACAAAAGAGACCAGAUCCAAGAAAUUAUCACGCAAGGGGAUGUGAACGAGGCGUUUGAUACGCUGGCGCACGACUGCAACGACUUCAUCAAGCUUCUGUACCUGUAUGAUACGGAUGGAGUUGAGAUCUUAAAGCCCGUCUUCCAAGACCAGAUCUACUGGGAUGGUCAACUUGUAACGUACCAGGUAAUAGCGGCUGGCGGUCAUAGGAGGUAUAACAAAACCGCCCCGAAAGGCAGGAAGUCUAAUACUUAUAAAAUAGUUCGCUAA